AUGGAAGAUGCACCAAAGAAGCGCGGCCGGCAAGCAGCCAAAGCGAAGGAAACGAAGACAGCGCUGCCCGAAUCGGAAGCGGGACCGGUCGCUGUAGAACUAUCGAAAGGAAAAGGUAAACGCAAAGCUGUUUCGGAAACACCGCUUGCGAAAACAAAAAAAGAAGCCGGUACCAAGAAGGCAAAAGUAGAUGAGCCACUGCCGGAGGAAACAAAUGAAGAGGUGGAUACGGCAGCACAGGCCAACUCGGAGGCUCCGGUGGCCAAAAAGAGUCGCUCGAAAAAAGAUGAUGCAGUAAAAGCUGCCGUAGUGCCGAAAGAAACCAAAGCCCCACGCAAAAAGGCUGCUUCGAAGCCAGAACAAGCAGCUCCGGUCGAUCAUGAUCAGCAGAAAAACGGAUCGUCGGUAAAAGAAGACCAGCCACCAGCAACCAAACGGAACCGAGGUAAGCCUUCCUACAAAGGCGAAGAAUCGGAUGAACCGGAGUACAUCCCGAAGCAAACGAAAGGACGAGGUAAAGCUAAAGAUGCAAAGGAUGAUGACGAUAAUGCAUCAGAAAAAAAGCCUGCAACUAAGCGAGCAGCCAGAACGAAGGAGGCCACGGACGAAUCAUCGGCUCCGGCCAAGCCUACUGUUCGAGGUAGAAAGAAAGCCUUGAUAGCGGAGGCGUCUGUUGAGGAUUCUGCAGAGACAUUCGUUACGAAACGCAAGAUGACAUCCGAAACGGAGAAGGCCGCUACCUCUACGGCAUCAGCAAAGCCUGCUGCUCGAGGAAGAAAGAAGGCGUUGGUUGCGGAAACGACUGCCAACGUUGACGAUGAACGUGAAGAAAAAGCUGCGACAAUAGUCUCGUCAAGCAAUGGAGUUACCCAGCGAAAACGGUCCAAAGAUAAAACAAACGGCCAGGAGGAAGACUCGGUCGAAGUAAAAGUGGCUCCAAAGGGGAAGAAGGCUAAGGAGGCUGGCCCAACUAUGAAUAAAUGUGCCACCAACUUUGAAAGCUUAAAUUUCGAACCGGAAGUGAAGGACAAAGAGUGGAACUUUAAGAUCUCUAGCUGGAAUGUGGCGGGCCUACGCGCCUGGGUUACCAAGGGCGGUUUGGAGUUCCUACAGCAUGAGCGACCGGACAUUCUUUGCGUGCAGGAGACAAAGUGCACCGAGGAUCAGCUACCGGACGAGGCACGCCAAAUCCCAGGAUACCAUCCAUACUGGUUGUGCCCGAAAGGUGGGGGCGCCGGUGUAGCUAUUUACUCGAAGAAGAUGCCAUUCCAUGUGUCCUACGGUUUAGGAGACGGAGAACACGACCAAGACGGGCGACUACUGACUGCCGAGUACGAAAAAUUUUACCUCGUGUGUGUGUACGUACCGAAUGCGGGCAGAAAGCUUGUCACCCUGCCGAAGCGAAUGCGCUGGGAUGAAAAGUUUCAAGAGUAUCUGGCGGAGCUAAACAACAAAAAGCCGGUUAUAUUGUGCGGUGACAUGAAUGUGGCUCACGAGGAGAUCGAUCUGGCCAAUCCGAAAGCCAACCGGAGGAACGCUGGAUUUACGCAGGAGGAACGUGACGGCAUGACUAAGCUGCUCUCUCUCGGGUUUGUGGACACAUUCCGCCGACUCUAUCCCGACCGUGAACGAGCGUACACUUUCUGGACAUACAUGGCCUCAGCACGUGCGAAGGACAUCGGCUGGAGAUUAGAUUAUUUUAUUUUGUCCGAGCGGCUGGUAGGCAAGGUGGUGGAUAAUGUGAUUCGAUCAAAAGUGUAUGGAAGCGAUCACUGUCCUAUAACGCUGUUUUUAAACAUUUAAUCAUUGAUUGGUGGUAUACAACCGGGCAAGUACAUUUCAAUCAACCAAGCAACUUAAUUGUUUAAUGUCCUUGUUACUAUUAAACUGUUUGUUUCCUGUUAGACUUGUAAUGGUCUACAGUGUUGAAAAGUCGAAAGACCCUUUCUUGCAUCGUUUCGUAACUUAUCAUUCAAUAUUUUAACCUUAAUCUACUCAUGAAUGCGUGUGUUGACAAACUAACAAUAUUUGGGGUAAUCUACAGUGCUUCACGAACAUCGUAGGUUGUUUCGUUCAGACUAUGUUGACUGAAUUACAGCUAACCACAUCCCAAUUUUUUUAACUUGACUUGCAGAAAAGAAAAGAAAUUCAAAUUGGGAAAUAGUUAGCCGUAAACAGCGAUUCUAUCUAAUGUACUUGUUGUACCAUGCCGGAAGACUUGUAUUUAACUGUACGAUAAAAGUAUUACGCUCAAAUAAUAAACAUAUUUUUUAUACUAUGA